UAACACAGAAAUAACAAAUAUGCGCUACUGUAAUUGCGACGUUGCCAAACAGAUGAUAUAUUUAUGAUAAAAAUUUAAAUUACAGGGUAAAGUUAAUGGAAAAAAUGUGAAAUAUGUCAUUUAAAUUAAUAAUAACAGCCGGCAAAAAUAAUUAAAAAUCAAUUAAAUUUGUAAUUAAUGUUUUUGAGAUUAGUGAUAAGUGGAAUGUUAAAGUGACAGCUACUGUGUUACGCAGCUCCGUGUGAUGCCGUACUUAUUAUUUGUAAUAAUAUUAAAUCAAUAAAUAAAAUAAAUGCAAAUAAUUAUUAUUUUAAUUACUAAUAUUAUGUAUUAAUUAUUAGUGUGUACUAAUUAUUGAUAUAUAUGUAUUUUAAAUAAAUUAUUUUAUUUUGUCCAUAGCAAUGUGUACAUGUGGCAACGUAGCAAACCUCUUCCCGUUUGGUGCUCAACAGUACGCCUCUUCCUAGUCAUAAGAAAAUUCCUUCAUUUAUAUAUAUAAUAUACAUAUACAUAUAAACAAAUAAUAUUUUAUUAUUUAUCAUAAAUUAAAUGGCGAUAAAUUGGUAAUUGUAAAGUUUAUUAUCCCAGCAGUUAUUUAUUGUCAGUAUAUUUAGAUUUUUAAAAAAUCUAGACGUUUUAUAAAGUCGUUACUGAUUUACACAAACAAAAGUAUGCGCUCGUAAGUCAAUCAAUUUUUAUCACCCUGUAAACCAACGCAUUGGUUUGUUUAUUAUCAUACUGAGGUAUCCAUUGUGUUAUUUUUAAAUUGUUUAUUAAACAAUAAUUAUUAUUUGUGAUGAUAAAUGAAUUUAAGUGAAGAGGAAAAUUGAAAACAAUCGAGGGUUAUACCUGCGCAUGCUUAAUCCUCCUAAGAAGCAACAGUUUUAUGAAGCGGCAAAGUUAAAAACAGAAGCUAAAAUGUUUUAUCUGUCCUGUAGCACUGAUGUCAAUGAAAUGAUAAUUCGAUGAUAGAUGAUAAUUAUUUCUCGGUCGUUGUACAGCAACCGAGUCCAGUCAUGUCUGGGUCAAGAGUAACCUGAUAAUACGGACAAGGUUGAUUUAAUUGUUGAUUGGUGAGUUGAUUGGAGUGAAAUGGAGGAGCCAGCAAAGAAGAAGCAGAGGAUUGUGAGUGAAGAGUACGAUGAGGACAGUGAGGAUGAGCUUAUCACGGAGAUGGAGAGGUUUCAGAAGAGUCUGCUGGAGCAGUGUCUGUGUGGAAUUCCGGAGAGCAGUCUGCGAAAACCUUUUGUAAGUUCAACCACGCGCUCGACGAACGGGGUCAGUAAUGACCGACGCAGUGGUGUUCUGUCCGAGUGGGAUCCCGAGAGAACUUUAGAGUACAUAAGUGGCCUUCAAUUGCUUUUCGAUCUUGCGAUAAAGCAGAAUAAACGCGGUCGAAUGUGUCGUCGGGUGGUGAAUGUCUGCGAGGCAUUGACGAGAAACGAGUACGGGAUAAUUGAUCAGCUGAUUGAUUUGUCGUGUACGUCAAACAAGUUUGUGUCUUUUACAGCGAGCCGUGCUCUUGCCUCAUUUUUUAUAAUAACUAAAAAUACCGAGGAAAGAUGGCUGGAGAGAUUGACUCACUCGCUGGUGAAUACCAGCUCGCCGAGUCAAAUGCUGUUUACGCUGGACAUUAUCAAGAGAGUUGUCGAGCACAAAGACUAUGGAAUAAACCCACUUGAUGAUUCAGACAGUCAGUACUCACCACCAAACUGUGAUUAUUUGGACGUGUCUGAAUCCGAGAGCUUGGACAGUACCCCAGUGAAAGCCAUGUGCGUGAAAGCUCUCGAGUCAAAGUGGUCAGUGUUGGUCAACAAGUUCGACGCGAUUCUUGGAUCUUAUACACCGCAGCACGAGUCUGCGGUUAUAACUUUCCUAGACCUGUGGGAGUCUAUUAUAUCGGUCAAGGCCAACCUGUCGGUCAUCGACACCAAGCUCUUUUACUCUCAGCUUGACAGCCUGGUUGUCUUGCUGAAUAACAACGUACCGGGUAUUAUUUGGAGGCAUUUGCUGGGCUUGUUCAACGAAGUUCUCUGCUACGGAAGCACACUUUCGCUGCAGGAUAAUCUACCCGAGGAGCCUUGCUCACUGGCCCACGUGGUCGUACGUGCUGUCAAAGACUGGAGGCUGCUGGAUGGUCUGCCCUACCGACACGGCUCUGGGAGAUUCGGCGGCGGAUCGGGAGACGGCGACCGACCACUUCUGCAGAAACUUGUUCUGCUCGUGCUAAAAAGCGUCGCAGUGACGGUGAAAGAGACACGGAGUGACACCAGCGACUCGUCUCUGGGUUCCGAGGCUGAGGAUCUCGACGCGGACAUGGCAGUAAUUGAACGCAGCAUCCGAGAAGUCUUGAGACAACUGGAUCAGUGCGUGAAAAACCUUAUGCCUUUUCAUCCAGUGAUGCCUCUGUCCCAGUGGGUCGUCCAGCUGUUUCACGAUCAAGACGACUCUCUGAUCGAGGGCAUGGUUUGCUGUCUCGACGUCGCCGUGGGAUUAUUUUACCGCGGGCCUCCUCAAAAUGAACUGGCCCAAAUGCUCAGUCCAACUCUGACCUUUGUCCAGUUCAUAAAAGCCGUUUCUCACGAUCAUGACGUUCUGUUGGAUUAUCUCGUUAGCAACGAAACUUGCUUUUUACUUUAUUUACUUAGGUUUCUAAAGUAUAUAAAACGUAAUUGGCAUGAAUUCGUAUCGUGUUGUGGUAGAGAUUUAGAUGAUACCAUGACAGUACUUAUAAGACUACGAUUAUCUAUUGAUAGACUUGUAUCUAAAUCGUUAUUCCCUUAUAAUAUUGCUCCUGUAUUACAUUUAUUAGGAAAAUGCGAGUCUCGCUAUGACGGUAUAGACAAUUGAACUUAUCACAGUAUUACGUCUCAAUUAUUAUUAAUAAUUAAUACUUUUUUUUCUAAUUAUUAUUAUUAUUAUUAUUAUUAUUAUUAUUAUUAUUAUUAUUAUUAUUAUUAGUUACGUAUAAAAGAAUAUUUAAAAUUUCCAUUAUCGUCUUCGUAUUCUCGUUUUUUACGAUCAUCACAAUCAUCAAAUCAUUUAUUCUUCAUACAUCAUAUCAUUCAUCGCCGUUAACUUAAAUUUGAAAUCCGUUAAACGAUUUUUUUUUUACUUUUAUGCUAUGUAAAUUUAAACUGCAUAACUACUUCUGUUUAUCAUUACUAUAAUAAUCACAUUAAUUGUAUGUAUUAAUUAUUUUAUUAUAUUCAACAAUAAUAGUUAUUAUUACUAUUAUUAAUAAUAUUAAUAUUAUUAUAAUUAUUUUUUUAUUUGACAUGCAAAAACGAACAAUAUAUUAUAAGCAUUUUGUACAUUGCUGUUUUUUUUUUUGCAUUUAAAAAUUGUAAUUAACGUACUAAAAAAAAAAUAUUUAUGCGGCAAUAGACUUUAGUAUUGUGUCAAUUAAAUUCACUUUUUAAUUUAAAUACUCUGUACAGUAUAAGAUUUUUUUUUUGUUUCGGUAAAACUUAAAAAUUACGAGCGCACUAACACGUGCUGUACUUAAUUAAUUGGAAUUAAAAUUUAAAAAAAUAAAUUAAUAAACUAAA